CUCCCCCUCUCUUCUCUCUCCUCGCGUUCCUAGGGUUUUGACCCCUAAACCGCGCCGCCAUGAUGCAGCCGCCGCCGCCGCCGCCGCAGCAGCAGCAAUGGGCAAUGGCGCCGCCGCCCCCACCGCAGUACUACCAGGCGGGGCACCCACCGCCGCCGCCCCCGCAGUUCUACCAGGCGGGGCCACCGCCUCCCGCUAUGUGGGGCCAGCCGCCGCCGCAGGCUGCGCCGGCGCCGGCGCCGGCACCGUCCGGCAGCGGGGGAGGGGACGAGGCUAAGACCCUCUGGAUCGGGGACCUGCAGUACUGGAUGGACGAGAACUACCUCUACAGCUGCUUCUCCCAAGCCGGCGAGGUUAUUUCAGUGAAGAUAAUUCGGAACAAGCAGACUGGGCAGCCUGAGGGUUAUGGUUUUAUUGAAUUUGGCAACCAUGCAUUAGCUGAACAAGUUCUUCAGAAUUAUAAUGGUCAAAUGAUGCCUAAUGGUAAUCAACCUUUCAAAUUGAAUUGGGCUACAAGUGGGGCUGGUGAGAAACGUGGAGAUGAUGGCUCAGAUUAUACUAUAUUUGUUGGGGAUCUGGCCUCAGAUGUUACAGAUUUCAUUCUACAAGAUACAUUCAAGAGUCGUUAUCCAUCAGUCAAGGGUGCAAAAGUUGUCUUUGACAGAACUACCGGCCGCUCGAAAGGCUAUGGUUUUGUUAAAUUUGGAGAUUUGGAUGAACAGACUCGAGCUAUGACUGAAAUGAAUGGACAAUACUGUUCUAGCAGGCCCAUGCGCCUUGGACCAGCAUCCAACAAGAAGAAUAUCAGUGGACAACAACAGCCAUCUAGUGCUACAUACCCGAAUACACAAGGAACUGAUUCUGAUAAUGAUCCAAACAAUACUACUGUAUUUGUUGGUGGUCUUGACCCGAGUGUGACUGAUGAGGUUCUGAGGCAAACCUUCAGUCCAUAUGGAGAGCUUCUCUAUGUCAAAAUACCUGUAGGAAAGCGAUGCGGAUUUGUGCAAUAUUCUAACAGGGCAUCAGCUGAGGAGGCCAUAAGGGUGCUAAAUGGAACCCAGUUAGGAGGCCAGAGCGUAAGGCUCUCGUGGGGUCGUAGCCCUGCAAACAAACAGCCUCAGCAAGAGCAGAACCAAUGGAGCAGCGGCUACUAUGGUUAUCCCCAAGGUUAUGAUCCAUAUGGUUAUGCUCGGCCUCCUCAAGAUCCUGCCAUGUAUGCGUAUACAGCAUAUCCAGGGUAUGGAAAUUACCAGCAGCAACCACCACAGCAGCCCCCACCACAACAGUAAGAAUAAUGGUUCGAGAGGAUCAUCAUUGGCAAGCUGGCAGCGGAGUAGUUGGGGCAGCAACUUAGGUGCAUUGGCAUGAGAAAUUUUGUGACUGUUGCUUGUGUUAUAUUGCUCCAACGUCCUUGUACACGUAGCCUGUGUUGUACGUGAGAUUUUUGCUGAGGCCUAGAGUGACAAUAGUGUUUCAGCUGUAACUGGAUCAGACAUUUUUCCAUUGUUCAAGAAGUUUUGUCGCGAGGAUUUUAUUGU